AGGAGCUCGAGCGGCGCGUGUCAACAGAAAACUCCGGUAAAAACAAAACAAAAAACAACUUUAUUUCUCCAGAAACAAAGUGGGACCCGAGUGUGACAGGACCUCUCGGCUCGGCUCGGCCCCGACCCCCUCCGAGGUUCACCCCAGAGAGAGAGAGAGAGAGAGAAGAGAGAGAAGAGAAGAGAAGAGAAGAGAAGAGAAGAGACGAGUUGCUGGAGAGGGAGAGAGACAUUUUGAAAUCUUCUGUGGAGGAGGAGGAGAAGAAGAAGUCAGAAGAACCGGCAGCAGCGUCGAAACAAGUUCAUCUUUCUGUUUAUGAUGGAAGAAAAGGGCCGAGUGAGAAGGAGAGAGUGAGAUGCUGUCGGUGAACUAGUGUCUCUCACACAGACAAAAAGAGAAGAGUGGCCCGCAGGUUAUUUUGGUUUCUGCCUCCAACAUCACUCACACCAGUGAAGAGAAGGAGAAGGAGAAGGAGAAGGAGAAGGAGAAAAAGCUCUGCAGGGGGACGAGGCUCAGUGGUGGGCACAGAUUGUCUGGCCGUGUGGAGCUCCUGCUGCUGACUGAAUGCAGAGGAAAAACUGAAAGCUGAUCUCCAGACCUCCCUGCCGCGUUAGGGGAGAUUGUUAGAUGUGUACCCAACACUCUAAGCCCCUGGCCUGGCCGUGGGGAUGGCAGCCUCUGCCCUGAACCUGAACGUCCUAGGAGUCAUGAACAGCAGUAAUCAGUUUCACACCCAGUCAGGCUCCUCCAGCACCACCUCCCGAACUAGAACCAGCCCCGUGGCCCGGCCGGUGCUGCCGGUUCCCGAUCGAAGCACCUUCUGCCAGUUACUGGGUGGAGGUCUCUACAGCCCCACCAGCCCCGGGACGAGCCCCCCACCCCUCGGUCAAACCUUUGCCCUUCCCACUUCAUCCUCGCUCUUCCCAAGCCCCUCCCCUCGUGCUCGCUCCCCCUCCCCGCGGAGCCCGGAGCUUCUCGGAGUCAAUGUGGGCCAGCGGGUCCGACGCCUGAGUUCGUCCGGCGGUGAGGAGAGCAGGGAAGGAGACGGGCUGGACGAGAGGGGAGGAGAGUCGGGAGAGGGGGGCAGGCGAGAGGAGAGGAGACGCCAAGCGCAGCUGCUGCAAAUCCACCGAGAGCUGCAGAACGUUGAGGUCAGGGGAAAAGUUGGCAUUUUCGAGGCCCACAUUUCCGGGAUUCGUGCCCAGGUGCUUAACAACGAGCUCCAGCGCAGCCCUCGAUCUCCGAGACGAUCAACAUCCCAUCCCGGCCAAGGGAACACAGCUCUCACAUGCCCAAUGACCCAGCCGCAAGAGAGGCCCUCUGUUGUCCAAAAUGGGGGAGAAAAGGGAGAAGAAGUAACGGCAGGAGAAAGGAGAGAAGGGGAAAGGAACGACAGCCCUGCUUCAAAAAUGAACACUGAGAAUAAGACGCUGAUUGGUCUAAAUGGCCGCCUUUCAGAACCUGUGAUGCAAACUCCUUGCUUAGAUGGGUUUGUUGUUCAGGGUUCCCUUGAGGCUCUCGACCCAAAUGCAAAAACAGACCGAGAGAAGCAGGAGGGAGUAAUUCUGGGAGCAAAUGAGGGAGAAAAAGACAGAGGGGCGGGAGAAAACCAACAAAUUCUGGAAGUUGAAAGAGAACGGACAGAGGGAGAGGUGAGAGAUGAGAAAGAGAACUGGUUGUGUCCCGAAAUGCUCCACACAGAGGCGAACAGGCCGGAGGUUAACCCGGAAACCGCUGCUGUGGGUGAGGAGCAGACCAGUAAGAGCUUCCGUUGUUUGGACAUCAACGAUCAGACCCACAACCACUCUCCCUCCAUCCCUGCAGUCAUCAUAACUGACCACGGAUUGGAGAGCCAGCUUCAAACCUCCGAUGGCCUCGGCUCAGACCAGGGAAUAUGCUGCACCCCGAGUCCCGGUUCCAGCCCUGUCCCUGGGCCAAACUUCUCCACACGCUCCCUCAGGAAGCUUUCGUCCUCCUCUGCCUCGUCGGCCGGGUUCUCCUCGUCUUGGGAGGAGUCGGAGGAGGAUAUUUCCAGUGAUACAGAGAAAGGGGAGCAGCUCCUCAACCCUGCAGUCCUCAGUUCUCAACAGAGAGCACACAAGUCUUGGAAGAAGAUUAAGAACAUGGUCCACUGGUCUCCGUUUGUCAUGUCCUUCAAGAAGAAAUAUCCCUGGAUACAACUGGCAGGGCACGCAGGGAGUUUCAAGGCGGGAGCCAACGGCCGCAUUUUAAAAAAACACUGUGAAUGUGAGCAGCGCUGCUUGUCCCUCCUGAUGAGGGACGUGCUGCGCCCCUACGUCCCCGGUUACCAUGGAGAUGUAGAGAAGGACGGCCAGAAGUACAACCAGAUGGAGGAUCUGCUGGCCGAGUUCGACUUUCCAUGUGUGAUGGACUGUAAAAUGGGAGUGAGGACCUACCUUGAGGAAGAACUGACCAAGGCUCGUAAGAAGCCUUCCCCGAGACCUGACAUGUAUCAGAAAAUGAUCGAGGUUGACCCUGCGGCGGCUACACUCGAGGAAAACGAGCAGAAAGCGGUGACCAAACCCAGGUACAUGCAGUGGAGGGAGACCAUAAGCUCGACGGCCACCCUGGGAUUCAGGAUAGAGGGAGUCAAGAAGGAGGACGGGACCGUGAACAGAGAUUUUAAGAAGACAAAGACGAGAGAGCAAGUUACUACGGCCUUUCACGACUUUGUCAAAGGAAAUAAGGACAUUCUGAGGAGUUAUCUGUCCAGGCUGAACGAAAUCAGAGACACUCUAGAUACCUCUCCGUUCUUCAAAACCCACGAGGUGAUCGGCAGCUCCUUGUUAUUCGUUCACGACAGUAAAGGGCGGGCCAAAAUCUGGAUGAUUGACUUUGGGAAAACCACGCCUCUCCCCGACGGAGAGGAACUCACCCACCGAGCAUUGUGGGAAGAGGGCAACAGAGAAGAUGGCUACUUUUCUGGACUUGAAAGUUUGGUGGACAUCAUUUCUACCAUGUUGAACUCUGAGACUUGAAGUCUCAAGAGUUUUGAAUUGAACAUUUGGACUCACAACAGCAACGUGGAUGCUCUCAGACAUUUGUCCUCAUGUUGGUAAACACAUCAUCCCACAACAACCACUGGCCAAUUCACUGACGAAUGCAUUGUCUUUAUUCUUAUCCAAGGGAGGUUAAGGAUCUCCACCGUUCACAGCCUUCUGGUGUUUUCCAUAACCCCUUCAGGGUUUUUUCCAGCAGUCAUUUUAACCUGUCACUGCAGGAGACACUCAGUAACAUUAACAAUGUCCCUGUAAUUCAUGCACAUCAUGUGCUUCUUCUCCUGGGACUUGUUAAAAUGACUUCUGCGAGAAAAAGUGUAUUUUUCAUGUUCUAUAUAGUUCUCAAUACAAAUUCAAGAAAUAGGCAAGAACUAUUCUAUGUUUCUAUAUAUUCUAAGUUCCUCAAAGCCUAUGAAUCUCUCAUUACUUUUAAACUCGUAUGUGGGUCUCAGCCCCAAACACAUUUUGUUCUUUUAAGAUUUUUUAGCAUGUUACAAAUAUUUAUUUUUAAAAGAUAUCAAGAUAUGUUUUGUCUUUUCAUUGAAUUUGUCUGACACUAUGAAAAAUAUAGAAUAUCAUCUGACUUGAAAACAACUGUGCAAAAUCAAACAAUGGCGCCCCCAGGUGGUAAAAUAUAAAAGUAGAUUAUAUUUCAUUAACAAACAAUUAUUCUGUUAUGAUUUGUGAUCCUAGUUUGACAGAUGCUUCAAUUCCAUAAAAACUAUUUGCAUCGUGAUUUUAAACUGGCAGGGGUUCAACACUUUCUGUGCCAAUUAAGAAUUUUAAACAACAACCUUGUUUCCAGCACCUUUGUAUAAUCUGCUACACUCAUUUAAUUUGUGUACCUGAAAUACAUUUUACUUUUCAUUUUUUAAACACAACCUCAAUCAUGUCGGUUUUAUUAAAAAAACAUGUAGAGUAAUUAUAUUUACACCAUUAGAGACUGUACAGUUGCAUGUGUUGUUACGCGUUAGAACAUGAUUUUAGGUUUGUUUUUACAGUGGAGAAACUAAACUAGUCUCUUUUUCAAGCCAUAGUCAGAGUUUAGACGCUGUCGAUUGGUCGUCUAUGUUUUCGGACAGUUGUUGAAGUCAUUGUUUCAAAUGGAGACAUCGAACGUUUGUGGCCACACACUCUUCACCCUCCUCACACGUUGCUGGGAUUGUUCACGCUGUACAGACAGAUUGAAUAUGUCAGACGUAGGUUUUUGUUUUCGAUGUAACAUGACUUUAGUCAAACUCCGUGGAACACUCACAGCCAUGAACAAUCGUAUUUAAGCUAUACAGUGCCUUGACGUUACAAAGCCAAGUAACUGAAAACACGUCUCUGGAUGUUAUUGUCAUAGUCUUAAUGAUCAGUUCCUGGGUGCAUGUUUAUUAUCCUAUCUUAAUGUUGUAGUUCAUCUUGUUUUUAUUUAUAACAUUAUAUUGUGUUUGUUUUUUGUUAAUGGGAAACUGUGACAUUUUCAA